GACUCUGGUCACUGGUAAGGUACGCUCUGCCAUGAAUUAAACGCGCCUUCACACGCGAGCUGAAGAAAGUCGAGUCCACGGAUGGGAAAUACGGCGGAGCGGGUCGCCGGCUUUUUAUUGGUCGCCUGACAGAACUUUACUUCGGUUUCGCUCUUCAGAGUUGCUCUCUCACUCGUGAAAUUCUAGGAACCCUCGUCAUUCUUGGAAUCACAUUAAUAGGGCAUCUAAACCCGGCACUCAUUACCGACCUCCUUUGCCUGCCGGUCUCAGUGUUCAUUCUGGCUUUGAACUUGGUGGAGACGGAACGCCGCAGACUCUCUGAAUUUCAGAAGUGAAUUAAAUAAACACGACUGGUGUUUAAACAUUAUUUAUUUUGUUUAUUAUUAUCUAUUGCGAAAAAAAAUAGUUGCAGUUUCUUCCUCCUCCCGUGUUUUCAUAACCGCCACCCUACGUUGGAAGGCGAAACCUUACCCGCGUGAAGAGAUCCGAGUGUGGGGACGCUCGGUGAACGAACUCCGUCAACUUCCAACUGUUCAGCGUGUUCAGAGUGUUCAGCCUGGCCAAGUGACAUGUUACUUUGCCUGCGAGGACCUUUGCCGGCACAGCAAGGAGCAAGAGCCAUCAGUCUAGCCCAGUCCAGGUCGGACAUAUUCAUUUUCUUGGAGCAACAGGAGAACCGGAUCCCGCGGAACGUGUCCCGGAUGACCUUCCAGGAAGAAAGUGCUGCGGUGGUGCCGGGGAGGGCGUUGAGCGUGGAACCCGCCCCGAGCAGGGACCCCGAGGACGAUAUGCAGUGUCUGACCACUACCCUCCGCCAACUGGAUCUGUCAGGAUGGUACUGGGGCUCGCUCACUGCCAACGAGGCCAAGCAGCAACUCAACAAGAUGCCGGAGGGGACCUUCCUCAUCCGGGACAGCUCGCACCCCAGCUACCUGCUCACCCUGUCGGUGAAGACCAGCCGUGGCCCCACCAACGUCCGCAUUGAAUACAGCAACGGCAAGUUCUGUCUGGACUCCUACUACCUCGCCAAGCCCAGGAUCUUGGCCUUCCGGGAGGUCCUCAGUCUCAUCCAGCAUUACGUCACCUCUUGCACCGUGGACCGGUGCGACAAGGCAGCGGACUCCACGGCCCUGCCGCCCAAGGACACCGCCAUCCACUUGAAGCUCAUCAAACCCCUUCACCGGAAGGACUCCUUCCCCUCGCUCCAGCACCUGUGCCGAUUGACUAUUAAUAAGGCCACCCGCGGACAAGUGGACAAACUCCCAUUACCAAAACCCAUACAGAGGUUCUUGGAAGAGUACCCAUUCCUCUUCUGAGAUUUUUCUGGAAGGAGGGGUGCUGGGGGGAGGUUGGAGUGGGAAGGGGGUGAGAAUGUACAACCAGGUGCUUCUUUUUGGUCUUGGCUAAGAGGUGGCCACUUCAUGGGUGCUUCAGUAACGUUGACAUGGAGUAGAUAUACGCCACAUAUUUUAUUGAGUUCUCCACGGACUUGACACUUUGGCGGACUCGACCUGGCAGGUUUGUUCCACAACUAAAAUGUGAAGCAACACAUCAUAUUUCGAAUAUGUGGAUUGAGUGACUUACUUAAUAUGGAACAGAAUACAUAUCUACAGAAAAUUACACACAAAUUCUACGGCCUUUAUAUUAAAAUAAAUGCACUUUGAACAUUUUUAAGGUUACUGUAUUUAAGAAAAUAAUGACCAAAAGCAAAUGCAAUAUUUUCUAAUAAAGUAUUAUUAAAUCACUUUGAAUUUGAAUU